AUGGCUGUGCAGUGGUGCAGCGCGACGAGCCUGCACGGUUGGUGCCACCACCCAUCGCCGCCGCUGCCGUCCCAGGCAUUGGCGUCGAUCGUGUCCCUGUCUCGGCAGCCGAGGAGGAUCGGCUGCGUGUCCGUCCGCAGGGAGGUCGCCGUGGCCGCGGCGGCAGAGGCGGCCCCGCCGGAGGUGGAGGCGGACAUGGACAUGGAGGAAGAAGGUGUAGAGUGCGAAGAAGGGUGCGGCGGCACAGGGUGGCUGCUGUGCGACUUCUGCAAGGGGAAGAAGAACAACGUCAAGUCCGAGAGCAGCCCCCGGAUCUACCGCCGCUGCCCGACCUGCAAGGCCGCCGGGUACAUCUUGUGCCAGAGAUGCAGGGUCUACAGAUGCAUCACAUAUCCAGAAAGCACCGAAUCAUGA